AUGGCUGAGCUGAUAGUUGUGGUUUCGUUUCCAGUUCUUCAUGGUCUUGCUCCUGUCCUUCACCGUGACGAGGAAACAUCUUUGGCCAAAGAUUUGUUUGAGGCGCCCGGGACUGCUCAUGUCAGCUUCAGUCGGAGCCAGGUCAGAGCCAGGUCAGAGCUAGGUCAGAGCCAGGUCAGAGCUAGGUCAGAGCCAGGUCAGAGCCAGGUCAGAGCCAGGUCAGAGCUAGCUAUAAACAUGAUAGGUUCGCUGCUCGUGUACUGUCUGGCUUAUUACCCGAUAUUUGCCUGUCUGUCGAUGAAGUCCGUGCUAGGAUAUCUGACAGGCUGUGUCUACGUAUGGACCUUCCUCGGUGCAGAGCUAGUCUGGAUAUUCUGGCCCUACAAGGAGCUACACAGAUACAACUUAUACGCUACGCGAUAUGCGCUGCUUCAACUAUUGCCUUCACUGCUGUUUCUCAUAUUGCUAUCGUUGAUGAUGCCCGUGAAAGCAUGGAAGAUGUGGCACGAAAGAAAACGAUCCAAAGACCAGGUGGUUCUGCAGGAGUUCUAUCAGGCUGAACAUGUCAGGCGGUUGCUACAGAAACCAGAACCGUACGCAAGAUGCAAAAGGGUGACGGCCGACUCUCUGGGUGAGAAGUUACGCGACCUCCUCACCUCUGUCAUCUAUAGCAAGGUUCCUGGAUUCCGCUACUCACCCAGGAUCCUUGCCUCUGUCGUCGUGUGGGCGCAGUUCAUCUAUAUAGUACGUUAG